AUGAGUAUGACAUGCUCUGUGGCCAUAGUUGUUAUCCUCAAGGUCUACGACUCACAGCCAGUGCCGCAGUGGAAACAUGGCCUCACACUCAAUGCCAUAAUAUCCACCCUCUCAACGGCCUCAAAAGCCUCGCUGUCUCUGGUCGUGGCCGAGAUCAUUAGCCAACACAAGUGGCUCUGGUUCCGGCAAUCGCGGAGGCCUCUCGACGACAUGUCAGUUUUCGAUAGUGCCAGUCGUGGCCCCUGGGGUGCGCUCAAGAUGCUUACCAAAGUGCACAUCCGAGAUGUCAGUUCUCUCAGCGCUUUGGUCACCGUGCUGGCACUGGUGUUUGAUCCUUUUAUUCAAUAA